GUUUCAUGGGGCGGGGCCAGAAUGUCCGCACAUGCGCGCUCGCCCCCGCUCCAGACAGUCACAUGACGGCGGUGUUUGUGUUUUUGUCUCCUCCUCCUCCCGUCAGAAGAUGGCGGCGGUGCCGGAAAGUGGAGAUAACCGUGAAUGUGAUGGACGGGGUUUUGAUCGCGGUGUCCACUUAGCUGAAACACUGGGCUUUUAUGAAGCAAAGGAAGAACCCAAGAAGGACGCGGGGCAAAAACAGAACCUAUCGGAUUUGUCCCUGCUGAGAUUUAUUAGUGCUGAGUUGACAAGGGGGUAUCUUUUGGAACACAAUGAAGCCAAAUACAAAGAGAGGAGGGAGAAAGUGUACACAUGUUUGCGAAUUCCUCGGGAACUGGAAAAGUUAAUGUUUUUUGGAUUCUUCCUUUGCCUGGAUGCCUUUUUGUAUCUCUUUACUCUACUGCCAUUGCGAGUCCUUCUAGCCCUAAUGAGAUUUAUUACUCUUCCCUGUUGUGGCUUAAGUGAUGGAAGAUUGCUACAACCUGCUCAGGUAUGUGACAUACUGAAGGCACUUAUAAUGAUCAUCUGCUUUGUUAUGAUGCACUACGUGGAUUAUUCCAUGAUGUACCAUCUCAUUAGAGGACAAUCUGUCAUCAAACUCUACAUCAUCUACAAUAUGUUAGAGGUAGCAGAUCGCCUGUUUUCUUCCUUUGGACAAGAUAUUUUGGAUGCACUGUAUUGGACAGCCACAGAAACUAAAAAGAAGAAACGAGCUCAUAUUGGAGUGAUACCUCAUUUCUUAAUGGCUGUGCUUUAUGUCUUCCUUCAUACAAUUCUGGUCAUGGUACAAGCAACAACUUUGAAUGUUGCUUUCAACUCCCAUAACAAGUCAUUACUUACCAUCAUGAUGUCAAACAAUUUUGUAGAAAUAAAAGGAAGUGUUUUCAAGAAGUUUGAGAAGAACAAUCUGUUCCAGAUGUCCAACAGUGAUAUCAGAGAGAGGUUUAACAACUAUGUCCUUCUGCUGAUUGUUUGUUUGAGGAACAUGGAACAGUUUUCGUGGAACCCAGAUCAUCUCUGGGUGUUGUUUCCAGACGUUUGCAUGGUAAUAGCAUCUGAAAUAGCUGUGGAUGUAGUUAAACAUGCUUUUAUUACAAAGUUUAAUGACAUUACAGCUGAUGUAUACAGUGAAUAUAGAGCUAGUCUUGCAUAUGACUUGGUCAGUAGCCGCCAAAAAAAUGCAUAUACAGAUUAUAGUGAUACAGUUUCCAGAAGAAUGGGCUUUAUACCACUUCCACUAGCAGUUUUGCUAUCCCGAGUUAUUACAAGCUCUACAAAAAUUGAGGGAGCAUUGGCUAUUGUCAGCUUGUCGGUGUUUUACCUUGGACUGAUUGCACUCAAAGUUCUUAAUAGCAUUGUAUUGCUGGGAAAAUCUUGCCAAUAUGUAAAAGAGGCCAACAUGGAGGAAAAACUGUUUCAAACCCCACCAGCCAACACCUCUGGGAAAUCCGGCAAAAAAUCUGUCAGCAAAGUUAAAUCACCUGAAGUAUCCUAUGUAGGGAAUCCUGUUGAGAUACAAUCAGAAUGUAUGCAAGCAUUUUACCAUGGAGGCACUACAACAGAAGAAGUGGAAUCAAAGUCCAUCAUUAGUCAGCCUGUGUCACUAUCAGAAAGUAUAUCAACUCUAGUUUCAAGCAACAGUACUGACCAGUUUCUUACAACCCCCGAUGUGGAAGAUAAAGGAGUACCACAGGAAAAAUCUAAUGGCAAGCGUUCUUCUUCAAAAGAAGAUCUACUAGAAAUAGACAGGUUCACAAUUUGCGGGAAUCGGAUUGAUUGAUUUUUGCACAUUUUAAACUAGAGAAGAGCUGCUUUGGACAAAGGCCUUUGCAUGGUAAACUGAACAUUCUCAAGCUUGAAGGUAUAUAAAGGUUUGAAAGCUGCAAAGGAGGCACUGAUCAGGAAUAUUUAUUAAAAUCUUUAUAAUUUAUUAAUAGAUUCAAGCCAAAAUAUAUUUUACCUGUAUUUUUUUUCCAUCUGUUUGGAAAUGUUUGGUUUGGAAUAGGCUCUUUUGGUUUGUAUUUCAAUUUCCUGUGGCAAAGGAAGAACCAUUGUUUGGUUGGUUUCUGUGGAGACCUGGCAGAUAAAUGCUUUCAAAACAGCUUUCUCUACAGCUGUGUGGAUUCUUUGUGCAAUAUUACUUGCCACUUGUGAUACAAAUGCACCUUCAGACAGUGAUGUGAUCAUUAUAGCCAGAUGAAUUUGUUGACUUUUUAUAAUGUUUCCAACAAAAUUCACUCUUACAUUGGGCUUUAAUUGUACAGAAAUGUGCCUGCUGCAGUAAUUUUGUUUUUUAAUUCUAAUCCUGUAUAGCCAUUCUUAGGUAAAAAUUCAGUUCAUGGUAACCCGCAAAUAUACAUGUUGAAGUUUGCAACUGUUUCUGAAGGGACUUCAGUUAGAAGAUAAAAAUAAGGAACAUAUUGAUACAAGUGGAUCUUCUUAAAAAAGAAUAACCGCAUAUAUUGCAUUUGUGUUCUCGGAACAGCUGCUCAAACACGAGAGGUUUCUUACCUUCUGAAACAGAAAAAAAUUCUCGUAAUCCCCUCAAGAAUCCAUGCAGAACAUUAAUUUGUCAUAUCUGUCAAAUGCUGCUGAAGCCUCUGUGUGCUUCCAGCAGCUCUUACCUUUAUUUCAGACUUUCAUCACUCGUAUUUGUUUUGUAUCCAAAAGGUUGUGUUUAGUAGAAACAUUGGAGAUCAAAGUUGUUUAGAUGCACUUAUUGAGCAAGCUACAUUUUGGGAAGCAGUAAAACAUGAUAUAAAUUCAAAUGAGUUUACAAAGAAAGUUAGAAAAUAGUAAGAGGCAGAAGAGGAUCAAUGUCCCACAGCUACGUGUUUGCACAUUCGAAAAUAGCCAAGUCUGCCAUGUAUGCAAAACUGUUUCUUUUUAAGUUAAUUAAAUUGAUCUAUUU